AUGAAUCCAUUUGGUAACUUGACCAUUACUCACAAUUCAUGGCAUGUGUUGCUAAUGAUUUACAACCUUCCUCCUUUGUUAUGCAUGAAGCACAAAUACAUUAUGUUGUCUAUGAUGAUAGUGGGUCCAAGACAGCCAGGAAACAAUAUUGAUGUCUACCUGACUCCGUUGAUUGAAGACUUGCACAAGUUGUGGGUGGAUGGGGUUGAUGUGUAUGAUGAGAAUGAUGGUCAGAUGUUUAGUUUACAUGGGAUGAUAUUUUUCAUCGUUAAUGACUUUCCAUCUUAUGGAAAUUUGAGCAAAUAUAGUGUGAAAGGACACCAUGCAUGUCCAAUUUGUGAGCAAAACAUAAGUUUCAUCCAACUUAAACAUGGGAAGAAGAGAAUAUAUACAAGGCACCGGAGAUUUCUGAAACAUUAUCACCCCUAUCGGCGAUUGAAGAAACCAUUUAAUGGAACCGAUGAGUGUGAAGGUUCCCCAAAACUGUUAGCUGGACAUGAAGUGUAUGAUCAGGUGAAAGACAUCGUAACUGUUUUUGGUAAGACAUAUAGGAAGGAUCAUGCUGACAAGAACAUUUGGAAAAAAAAGUCAGUAUUCUUUGAUCUUCCUUAUUGGACCAACCUACAUGUUCAACAUUGUCUCGACGUAAUGCAUGUGAAGAAGAAUCAAGGUUUCGACCCAAAACAAUUGGAUGAUUUGGAGAAUCAGGCAGCCAUUAUCUUGUGUGAAUUAGAGAUGCAUUGUCCCCCAUCAUUUUUUGACAUCAUGAUUCACCUAAUUGUUCAUCUUGUAUGGGAGAUUCGGUUGUGUGGGCCGGUGUUUUUAUGUUGGAUGUAUCCUGUUGAACGUUACAUGAAAGUGUUGAAAGGAUAUACAAAAAAUCGAUAUCGACCAGAGGCUAGUAUUGUCGAAAGAUACCUUGUUGAGGAAGCUAUUGAGUUUUGUUCAAAAUAUAUACACACUGCUACACUAGUGGGUGUUCCUCAAAUUCAUCAUGACAAAACCAUUCAAGGUUGGGGCACACGAGGAUUCAAUGUUGUAACCAUGGAUCACCAACAGUUGUCACAAGCUCAUCUAUACGUAUUACACAACACAACAGAGGUCAUCCCAUACGUACAUGCUGACAAACAACAUGUUACCCGUAUUAACCCAAAAAUGAACAUGAUGAGGUUGUUGCACGAGCACAAUAGAAGUUUCAUCCACUGGUUUCGACGAACAAACUUUGCUGAUCCCAAUGCUACCAACACAUUAAGAUUGCUAGCUAUCAGGGCAAAUUUGAAUGUGCCAACUUGGAAGGGAUAUGACAUCAAUGAUUAUUCUUUCUACACAAAGAAAAGUAGUGUUCAAAACAGUGGAGUGACUAAUGAUGUUCAAUCGGAUCACUUUUCUAGUGCUGCAGAUAAGAAUCCCAUUAAAGCAUGCAUGGCUUACUAUGGAGUCAUUCAAGAUAUUUGGGAGCUUGAUUACGGUGAAUUUAGAGUACCUCUCUUCAAAUGUCAGUGGGUAAAUGGAAAUACCGACGUGCAUCAAGACAAAAUGGGAUUUACUUUAGUAGACCUUCACAAGGUAGGUUACAAGGACAACCCAUUUAUCAUGGCAGUGCAAGCGCGGUAG